AUCAUCCAAUGGUGUUAUAUGGUAUAUUCUUGGCGCCAACACUGCGUUAAUCGCGUUGCCUCUCGACAUCGCAGUUGUCUCAAUUCUUAUGUUUGUGCCUUUCCUCUGUUUUGCCAUUCCCUGUUUAUCGUACUAUAACAGCCUUUCUUGGGCUGACACAGCCGCAUCCACUUUCGGUCGUCUCUGGGGCCCACUCACACCCCCGCUCCCUGCACGACUCCUUGGUCUUCCUCUUGCCCCUCGUAAAAGUCUGGCGGGCUUUAUUGCAGCCUCACUCACAGGCGCUACCGUCGCUGCCGGAUUCUGGACGUACCUUGGCCCCAUGAGAGACAACUUGACGUGGUCCUGGGACGCUGGUGUAUCGAGUACGUUUAGUGGUGGGAGCGCGGAAGGUGGGAAGGUCUUCAGUGGGUGGGCGGGUCUUGCUGUUGUGACUGUAUGCGCGGGUUUAUUUUCGGGCGUUGCUGAAGCACUCGGUGGGUAUACUUUAUUCUUUGCUUUGCUUGCUCACUCUGGAACGCAGAUUUAGGUUCCGUGGACGAUAACCUCAGUCUGCCAAUUAUCGCUGGUGGAUGCCUGUGGGGACUCUUCAAAGUCCUUGGCUGGCUAGGCGACGUAUUCUUAUGAUUCCUCUUUUCAACUCCUCCACUGUGAUCUUCGCCUUCAGCUUCAAUCAUUGGAUACUUGCGAAUUCAGUGCUGCAUACGUUCAAUCUUUCAGUAGUGGAUAUUUUACCUGGCACACGUCGAUAGCGAUGACGAGAAUGAGACGAGACGAUAUGAUGGAUGAUAUAUUAACCGAUUUCAUGCGUUUGUU